AGGGGGCAGGUUAGAGGGACAGAGGGAAUUCGGAGCAGGGGCGAUGGGUGGCUAAGCUCAGGAGACCCCCAUGGGCUGGGGGCCGAGAAUCCGGGAUAAUCCAGAGCCUGCCUCCCCAGAAGACUUUUCUGCCCAGAGGUGGUUGGGUUCUGGCCAUUGGGCAGCCCUCUGCCUUCUGCCCAAGAUCAGCCUCUGGCAACGGGGGGACAAAGCUCUCACACUCCCCUCCCCUUUGUCUCUUCCUCCCUGCCUCAGUUUCCCUGGUCCUGGGACGGUAGUAAUAGGAGCUUACACAUCCCUAUGGUCGUGAAGUUUGUAAGAUACUUCUCAUUUGACCCUCACUGUAACCCUGUGAGGUACUUUAUACCCAUUUUCCAGGUGCCCAGAGAGGUCCCACAGCCAGUCAGUGUCUGAGAUCAUCCAGAGGUAGAGAGGGACAGAGAAGUGUGGUGCAGUCUCUGGAGCACAUGGGUCCCUAGUUCAAAUCCUCCUCCUGAGCCUGCUUCCCUAGCUGACUCUGGAAAAGUCACCUAAUUUCUUUGACCUCAGUUUACUCCUUUGUAAAAUGAGGAACAUAACUAGGUCCUGGAGGUCCCUUCCAGCCUCUAACUUGAUGGCUUCUAAGCGCCUUUGUUUUUAAACCCGGGAUCCCAGGAAUAGAGGAAGGAGAGGGACAGAAAGGGGAAGAGCUGGAGGGGAAUGAGAAGGACGGAGACAGAGAAGCAGGAGGCGGAGAGCGUUGCCCCCAUCCUAGCCGGGCUCGGGGACCCCGACGGACGGGCCGGCGCCUUCCUCGCCCGAGCCCCCGUGCUCCCCUCUGCGGAUGAGGUCGGGGACUCUGGUCCGGCCUCUGUCCCGGGCCUUCCGGCCUUCAGCCCUCUAGGAGCGAGCGCGACGGUCUCCCCGAGACUGGCCGGGAGCCCCCCGUCUGGCUCCGUCUUCCCCAGCCCCACUGACCCGAAGGUUGAGCCUGGAGCCCUCCCACUCAUAGACCCCUCCCCACCUGUUUCCAGGAGUCAUGCCUCUGCUGCUGGUUCUGCACUGGAAACAUGGGGCCGGGAGCCCCCUACCCAUCACCCCCGAUGAUCCCAAAUGCGAAAUGCGCCACCAGUGCCCAGGCAACCUCACGUUCCAGAUCCGGAACCAGCUGAAUCAGCUCAAUAGCAGCGCCCCGGAGCUCUUCACCUAUUAUUACAAGGCUCAGGGGGAUCCGUUCCAGACCAACCUCGACAAGCUGUGCAACCCCAACGUGACGGACUUCCCGCCCUUCCACGCCAAUGGCACGGACAAGGAAAAGCUGGUGGAGCUAUACCGGAUCAUAGCCUACCUCAACGCCUCACUGGGCAACAUCACGCGGGACCAGAAGGCCCUCAACCCCGGCGCGCUGCCCCUGCUCAGCCGGCUGAACACGACCACGGCCAUCAUGAGGGGCCUGCUCAACAACCUCACCUGCCGCCUGUGCAGAAAGUACCACGUGGCUCACGUCUCGGUCUCCUACGGCCCAGACACCGCCAACAAGGACACCUUCCAGAAGAAGAAGCUGGGCUGCCAUUUGUUGGGGAAAUACAAGCAGGUCAUUUCUCAGGUGGCCCAGGCCUUCUAGACACCCACAGCUCAAGGUGUCGCCUCGACUGGUGGGGGAGUCUCGAGCAUCUCAGCCGGACUUGGGAGCGGUCUCCAGCCG